AUGGAAGAAGAUUUCAACAUUGACGAAAAUUAUAUUAAGCAAUUAUCAGAAAAGUAUAAAAAUGUUGAACAUCCUUUAUUUAUGGAUGAACUUCCAACAAAUAUCGAAGAAAAUGAAGAUUUGUUAGCAUUAUACAAUUUAAUAAUAACUGAUGAAAAUGAAUUAAGUUUAGCCAAAAAUUAUAAAGAAGUAGGAAAUGACUACUUUAAAGAUGGAAUUAAAUAUUUUGAAGAUGCCAUAAUAAGUUAUACUAAAGGUAUUGAUGUAUUGGAAAAUUAUCUUAAAAAAAGAGAAGCAGAUCAGUUAAAAAAUAAAAAAUUAAUGAAUAAAAGUACGAACUAUUCACAAAAUGGUUCUAGUAAGCCAAACGAUUCAACUAGCUAUAAAAAAAACCACGAAAUUGGUGACAAUAAAAAUGCAAAUGAAAACCCUCAUGACACUUCUCUAAAUCUAAAUAGUCCGAAAGAAGAAGACAUUAUAUGCAUAAAAGAUAUAAACAAUUUACUUUCAGACUUAUACUGUAAUAGGGGUAUUACUCAUUAUAAAAAAAAAAAAUACAUAAAAUGCUUAGAUGAUUGCAAAAAGGCAUUUUCAUUUAAUAAUAAAAAAUACAAAAGUCUUUAUUACAGUAUUUUGUGCUCCUAUUACAUAGGUAUAUAUAAUGACGCAUAUGAAUAUGUAAAAGUUUUUGAUAAGUUAUUACAAGAUGAAGAUAUAAAAAAUACCGUAAAUUUAAAAGAUUAUUUAAAUAUAAAAAAGGAAGUCACACAAAAAUAUGAGCAAUUUUUAGAAAGAAAAAAAAAAAAUGAACAGGAAAGAAAAAUUAUGGCUAAAAAUGAAAAAAAUAAAAUCACCGUUAUUCAAGAUAUAUUAAAAAAAAGAAAUAUACAACUUGUUGAAAAUUUAUACAAUGAUAAUAAUAAUAUUGUUCCUGUGUUUUAUUUAGACGAAAAUAUGUAUAUACAUUUUACAGUUUUUCUAAUAUAUAUAGAAAAUAAUAUUAUUGAAACUAUUUUAGAUUUCGCAGAAAAUCAAUGUGUAAUGGAUUAUUAUAGUUUUAUUAAAAAAAAUAAAAAUACAGAUAUACUUUAUUGUUAUAUUGAAUUUCCAGAUGAUAAAUAUUAUAUGAUAAACAAUGAUUCAUAUAUUUGUGAUGUAAUUAAUAAUAUUAAAUUAUUUUCGAGAAUUAUGGCAAUCCAUAUUAUUGAAAAUGAAGAAGCAAAUCGCUUUUUCAAAUCCAAUAGAAAUAUUGUUUUUUUGGAAUCACCAUAA